GCGCGGCGGUUCCGUCUCCUCAGAGCGGCCGCGGCGGUGACGGUGCCGAGGGGGCUCGGCGGCCGGGGCUGCGGAGCGCGGCGGGGCGGAGCCCGCCUUCUUCCUUCCCGCACCCUCUUCCCCGUCCCCCUCCUUCCUCCGCCCGCCCGGCCCUCCCCGCACGCAGUCGCCGCGGUUCCCGGCACGGACAACAUGGCGGCGGUGGCGGGGGCCGCGGCCGCGGGCGGCUCUGCCGGCGCCGGGGGCCCGGAGAUGGUGCGGGGCCAGGUGUUCGACGUGGGGCCGCGCUACACCAACCUCUCCUACAUCGGCGAGGGGGCGUACGGCAUGGUGUGUUCUGCCUACGAUAACGUCAACAAAGUUCGAGUUGCUAUAAAGAAAAUCAGCCCUUUUGAGCAUCAGACGUACUGCCAGAGAACUCUGAGGGAGAUAAAGAUCUUACUGCGCUUCAGGCACGAGAAUAUUAUUGGAAUAAAUGAUAUUAUCAGAGCUCCAACUAUUGAACAAAUGAAAGACGUAUACAUUGUGCAAGAUCUUAUGGAAACAGAUCUUUACAAGCUCUUAAAGACUCAACACCUCAGCAACGACCACAUUUGUUAUUUCCUUUACCAGAUUCUGAGAGGGUUAAAAUACAUCCAUUCAGCCAAUGUGCUUCAUCGCGACCUCAAACCUUCCAAUUUGCUGCUUAACACCACUUGUGAUCUCAAGAUUUGUGACUUCGGACUGGCUCGUGUUGCAGAUCCAGACCAUGACCACACAGGAUUCCUGACGGAAUAUGUGGCCACACGUUGGUACAGGGCUCCUGAAAUCAUGUUGAAUUCUAAGGGUUACACCAAGUCUAUUGACAUCUGGUCAGUAGGCUGUAUUCUGGCAGAGAUGCUCUCCAACAGACCUAUCUUUCCAGGAAAACACUACCUUGACCAACUUAACCAUAUCCUUGGUAUACUUGGAUCCCCUUCCCAAGAAGAUUUGAAUUGUAUAAUAAAUCUAAAAGCCAGAAACUAUUUGCUUUCCCUACCACACAAAAAUAAGGUACCAUGGAACAGGCUGUUUCCGAAUGCUGACCCCAAAGCACUUGAUUUGUUGGAUAAAAUGUUGACCUUUAAUCCUCAUAAGCGAAUUGAAGUGGAACAAGCUUUAGCCCAUCCGUAUCUGGAACAGUAUUACGAUCCAAGUGAUGAGCCCGUAGCUGAAGCACCCUUCAAGUUUGAUAUGGAGUUGGAUGACUUGCCGAAGGAGAAGCUGAAAGAACUGAUUUUUGAGGAAACUGCUAGAUUCCAGCCAGGAUAUCGAUCUUAAAUUGUGCAUAGGACAAGGACUUAAAGGACUGGGCAUGCUCAAACGUUGCUGUUCCUCUUCCCAGUUCUUUAUUGUUGGUCAUGUCUUGUGGCCUCUCUCAGCUUAUCCACUAACUCCUUUGAGCCAUUCAGGAGGGCGGUUCCUGGUAGUUUUGGCUUUUCAUGCUUUCAAUGAAUCUUUUAAGCCUGAAGAAUUGUAAUUGACACUCCUAUGCGUAAUGCCCAUUGUUGACCUGUUGCAGUACUGUACUGUAAGUGCACCUACUGCUGGCCGUGUUUUAACUGCUUGCUUUCUGGUUUGAGAGAUGCAGUGGUUCCUUUCACUCCUGGAUUAAUAUCCAAGAAGAUAAUUCAUUAACUGAUGCGAAGUUUACACCAUGAACUAUGUUUUUCUGACUUUACUGAAGUCGCUGGCAUUUUUUUUUAGAAAAGCUACUAUUCAGGGCACUUUAAGUCAGUGACAUCCCAGAUUUUUUUUUGCACUUCCUUUUUAAAUAGAAAUGGUUAGCAUCCAGCAAGCGGGGUUUUACCAUUUUGCUCUGGAUUACAGCAUAAGUCGUGUUCGUGUUAAUCUUGCUUAUGCACUUGUUUGGGUGUCCUGUGCUGUACAUACAGGUAUUCUAUACAGUGUAAUAGCCACAAAGGAGCCCAUCCUAAUUGAGUUCAUCUAAGAAACAUUUUACCAUGCAUUGACGAAAUUUGUACCUUUUUUUUUCCCUGCCUUUUUUAAAAGAGGUCAUUUUAAGUUUAACCAUGCUGGGAGGGGUAGUACUUCCAAAGUUCAUACCUUGUAGUCAUGUUUAUAAGGCUUGUGCAAAGAGAAUGAGCGGCAGCUUGCCAACUUUAUUCCCUGUGUGGUGGGAGAUUAACAAAGAACAUAAUGGCACGAUGACCUAAUGGUGAAUGCUUUUCUUUGUGGAAGGCAUCCGAAUGUGGUAAGCGAGAAACCAAAAUAUGAUGUUAAUGAACUCAGUCUACAUACUUCAUACCAAUGAAAUGCUUCAAAUGAGGAUUGGUAGUUUUACAUUUGAAUCCAAUCACUGACAUUCAGAAUUCUCACAGAGAGGAACACUGCAUCUUUAAAUGAGAAAGUUAGAAUUUACUUUUGCUCCUACAGCAUGUCAGCAUCUCAAGUUCAUUUCUUGCAACCUACACUAUGGUGAUUUGUAAUCAAGCCUCCAUGAGCUCGUGACAUGAAGUACUGUUCUGUUGUCAAGUACUAUCAAACUUUUCUGAUAAUGCUGAGUUAGGACAACCAAACAAAGCUAGCACUAAAUAACGUUUAAAAUUGUAUACCUUUUAAUGAUCUUUUCAAGUAUUUGUUACUGAAAUUGUAUAAUGUGGAGUUUACUAGGUGUUAUGUUCCAGUGCAGUGCCUCCUUUUCUUUCCCCACUGCUCUCUGUGGUGAGAAAUUUGCCUUGUUUAAAAUGAUUACUGUGCCCUCGCAUGACUGUUAAAGCUUUCUGUGCAAAGAUGAUUGUUUAAGUGCCACAUGCCUAUGAUUGAGAGAAAAAAAAUCUAUUGUUACCUCUGAGUUGUGUUCAACUGAGAUGCUAUUCAACAAAUAACUUAGGAAAAAUAGUUCUAUUUUUAGCUUUUCAUAUCUCUGCUGUCUUCUCAGUUUAUUUUGGCAGCAGUGAAGAAUGGAUUGUAUAGACUGCUUGCUAAUAUGAACAAAAUGCACUUGUAAUUCCUGGAAAUAAAUUUAAAUCUUAUAUCUUCACAUUAACAUAAAGGAUUAGUUUUUGGUUUCCUCUUGGGUAACGUGUUUGAAUGGAAAUCAGAUUCAGUUGCUACUGCAGUAUUACAAGGAUGCUUGCUGGUUAAUGAAUCCAGGCUUCCUCAUUCCACUUAGUCUGCUUUUCAAAGAAAAGAAAGCCAUUAACUUAGAUUUCAAUAGGCAAGGGUGCUUACAAGAUUCCACUUCAGAUUUUUUCUUCGAGUUUGAGUCUUAGUCUACCAAAACUAAUUUUUGAUAAGCAAGGGUUCAUUUUAAGGGGCAUUUUCAAGAAGUUCCUGUGGUACACACAUCUCUAUUGUGCGGAACAUGAAGAGCAUUGUCAGGACACUGUACAAGUGAUCAUUGAAUUGUGAUAUGGAACCUAUGCUAGAAAAAACAUUUCUAUAGAAAUUAUGCACUUGACUGUUGAUACUUGUGUGGAAAUGUCGUCUGACGUUUCUACACAUCUUUACCAAAAUGCUUUCUUCACUCAGUUUUGAGAAGCUGAAAUAUUUCUAGAAUCUCUGCUACUUGUACCACCAUCAUCGUUACAGGAAUCAUGGUUGGAAAGAUGACUGUUACUGAAAUUAGUUUGUAGCACCUCAAUCCGAAUUUAUUAAGGAAGAAUUUUGGCAGCUUAUUUCAUCCUUUUCCCAAUUCUUUUUUUAAUACUUUAAUUUUGGAUUUCUGGGGAGGUGUAAACUUACCCUUGCAAUCUGUCUCUCCAAGUGACAAGCCAAGGGCUUGCUUUACCUAACACGUGGUGCUUUCAGGCUUUCUUCCUUAGCUGUCCUUGCUGAACCACACUGGCAUCCAUCGGUACCAAUAACUGCAUCCAUCAGUCUUCUGCUGAACUCAGUAAAUGUUGUUAAGCUGAAUUUGUUAUACUGUCAAGUGCAGAAGCAUGACUUUUUCUUUUGUCAGAUACUAAAAAUGUUUGAAAGAAGGUGCCUGUAGCACCGUUAGGUCAGUUAUUGCACCAUUUUACUUUUUUUUUUUUUUUCCCCUCCUUUAUCUAGUUUUUGUAUGUGUAGAGCAGAGACCCGAAACUUGUAAUUGAAGUAAUGUGUAUUUCAUGGUAAAGAUGCUUUGGGAAUAAGGGAUGUAAACAGUUGACUGUCAAAACAUUCCAACUAUAUAGCUGAAGAAAAGUAGGCAAACUUAAAUUGCUCUUGGAUGCUUUGGCAAAGAAGCAUCUUGUUCUGCUGUCCUGACUGUCACCAGAAUCUUCCUCAUCACUGCUACGCGUGUCCCAGGCUGAGGUGUACAGCACCCUGCAUGGGCCGAGCACUGUGGUGCACCGCGAGAUUUCAGGAGUAGCAGAUGGUGACAUGACUCAGCAGUGGCCAAAUGAAACCCAAGGAGUUUAGCAUGGUUUUCCUUACAGAAUGGGGAAGAAGAAAACUUGUUGCUGCCCAUCGUAAUACGCUUUAUAUUUAUACCAUGUCAAAGUUGUUUGCUGAGCAACUGUACUAUAGAUUUAAACUUUAUUAAUAUAUAUUUGCUUAUGUUAGUGUAGUUUAUAUAGUCCUUGGUUAUUGAUGAAUUUGUGUUGUUACAGCACAGUGAUAUGGUAUAAAUAUAGGUCUGUACACACAACAUACUCAUGAAUUUGGUCCCUUGCAUAGUACUUUUAUAUUUGUACAGCGAUGUCUUCAAGUAAUCCCAGAUUUUAGGGGAAGUAUUUUUGUAAAUGCAGUGGUUUAAACAAAAAAUCCAAACAAUCCUUUUACUAAGUUUUAAAUACGUUUGUGGUUCAAAAUGGUUUAGUUAAUGACUGAAAUCAAGACACUAAAUUAGUGAAAAGUGCACAUUAGUAAAGUGAAGCAUACCGUGGUUUUCUGUAGCAUGUGCUGUGAUCAAGCUAAGUGAAACAUUGGACGAAAUGCGAAAGUUGGACUACCUUUGUAAAUCUAGAACAAAUGUCUAAAGGUUGCAGCUGGAUUACUUACUAUUGUUGCCUUUUCUUGUGUUGUAUCAGUGUAGAGCACUCUUAAAAUACUCAAACUGCUUUGUCUUUGCUUUGUACUGUUGGUGCCUUCUUAGUCACGUACCCCACAAGUUCUGCAUAGCUAAUUUAGUUAAUGGUAAGUUUAAAAUAAAAUAAAGGAAGAUUUUAUAUUAAAAAAAAAAACUUUAAAACUUCAUUUUCUGUAUGUUCUUAUUCAUUGUAACAAUUAAACAUUUAUAUUGUGACAGAUUUGUGAUUUGGUUAAUCUGUAUAGAUCAGUUGUAAGUAGCAAAGGUUUAUAUCUCGUCUUAUUCUUUUGAUGUUGUAAACGUUUGUGAUUUUCUUCUUUAAAUCAGGUAACUUAAUGUUCUGUUUUGUUUUUGGCAUCUGAAUCUUGUAAAAACAAAUGCAAAGGAAAUAAUUAAAUUGUGUCCCUGUAUUACCAAAUCAGCAUAGUACUGUGCAUAUAUAGAAUGACUGAAAUUUUACUUUAAGAUGACCUGCUGUUUUAUAAACCACAAAUACACUGAUGCUUAUGACA